ACAGACAUGGCUGAUUUGUAUUCAUUAUCACUCGGCUUUGCCAACAUUUCAAAAACUGUUUUGUGUGUCGUUUUAAAAGUGCCACAGAUCAUUAGUCUGGUGAACAGCAAAAGCACGACUGGAUUGAGUCUAUCCGGCACUCUACUUGAAUUGACUUCGUUUACUAUUGGGCUCUGCUACAAUGUAUUCAGCGGUUACGCACUUUCGUCCUAUUUGGAGUAUCCGAUUCUUGUCGGGCAGGUUCUCCUUCUGUUGGCCCUUUUACUCCAUUACAGUCGACGAAUCGGUUCGAAAUGGUUGGCCGCAUUUGGAGUUUAUUCAGCCGUCGUCUACGCCUUGUCCACAGGCAUGUUUCCUGGCGCUUUGCUAGUCACGUUGAUGAGCCUCUGCACGCCGUUAUCUGCGGCGAGUAGACUGGUCCAAAUUCGAACUAUGCACUUCUCUCAAAACUCGGAGUCUGUCAGUGUUUUGACUUGGUCAAUCGCCGUCUAUACGGGCGUUAGUAAGCGUCGUAAUAGCUACUAAAUUUCUCUUAGUCUGAAUAGAAUUUAGGUUUUUGUUUUACUUUUUUUCUCAGUGCGAAUUUUUAUUACUUUGGAUCGCGGUUUCGACGCUCCGCUGUUGGCCAACUAUUCAGUUAGUUUGAUACUUAAUUUGGCCGUGAUCACUUUGGCGUUGAAACUGAGACGGCCAUCAAAGAAAAACAAGAAAAUCGAGUGACAUUAAAUUUGAUGGCCUUAAAAUUCUAUUUUACGCGUGACGUAUAAUUUUAUCCGACGUUAAUUAUGAUUAGUCCAGUGCAGAUCGAGUACAGUCGAUAGAGACAAAAAGGACAUAGCUAUAAUAAUAAAUUGUUUAACUAACUUAUAGAAAGAGACUUUUACGUUUAAAUUCUUGCUCGUCUGAAUAUGGCAUAUGUCCUUCUGAGUUGUCACGUUUCUCAGAGUUUGUUCAUCCUCGUCUAUAUUCGAUCGUACAGAAGCUUCUCUCUUCUAAUUUGACAUUUCUCUGCCACUGGUUAAAUUGUAGUGGAAGCUCCUUGGCAUCUGAUAUGGGAUGACGUUCAAAAUGACAUCAAGGUCAAACAGACAACUUCAAGUCAAACGAGUGAUGUGUUAACUGUCAGGGUGAUUGAGUUUUUUGUUUCUUUUUAAACGAACGUGUUCCUAUUUUCUAUUCUUAUUUGGAAUGUUUAACUGGAAGGCAAACGUCUGUGCGUCUCUAAAGAUCCUGUCACACGAAUUCCUUAUACAUCCGCCAUCCUAUCCCUGCAUUUUUUUCCCGAAUAACACAGUAUACCUGAUUCCUUUCUAAUGGUCAGUCACACACAGUCAACAGGACGUAUGCAUUUUUCAGUGGUGUAUUUAGUGCCUUUUUAGUGGAAUAAAACGUAAAUCGUCAUGAAAACAUCGGUGUUGGCCUUUUUCGCCAUGGUGUGGAUGACGCAGUCUCAAAUGCAAACGACAAUGCGUCGGCCACAGUUCAAAAUUACCGACGACGAAUUCAAUUGGUACAAGCCGGUUGCAGUUAUCCUGAAACCGGCGUCGAAACGAGAUUUGCAACAGCGACUGCUUCAGGUUAAUUUCGAUAAAUUCCUGUUAGCGUCUUAUCCGCCAUCUCUACUUCCACCUUGGCCGUUUGUCCAUGAUUAUUCCGCUUUAUUCCGCCGCUGGAUUAAUUACCAAUCGAGUGACAGAUUAAGGGAUGUGUACAGAAGAUACGAAUUAGCUGGCCAUGUCGAGCGUAGGUUAACAUCUCUGGCCAGAAUGGGACUCGUUGCCAUUCCGAAGGUGACGAAAAUCAAUCGCCAAAGAAGUGGAAAUAACCGAAAUCAGGAACAACAACAGAUGCCAGAACAAAACUUGCGUUCCCGAACAGCCAAUCCUUACGAUUUCUUUUCAGGGAAAAAAGGUAAAGACAAACUGCCACCUCCGUGGUUGUAUGAACUCGUCGGACCUCCUGGACCAGCUGGAAAAGACGGUGUCAAUGGCAUUCAUGGAAUUAAUGGUGUCGAUGGGAAGGAUGGUAGAGACGGAAUUUCCGGAGCAAUCGGUCCACCCGGACCUCAAGGUUUAAUGGGCCCCCCUGGGCAAAAUGGAAUGAAUGGCUCACCGGGCCCUCAAGGCCCUCCCGGAAUACCUGGUGCUCAAGGAGUUCAAGGGUCGCAAGGCCCACAAGGGAGCGACGGAAAGGAUGGUUCCGAUGGAACGCACGGGAAGGAUGGGACUCCUGGCGCUGCUGGGCCUUCCGGUACACCAGGACAGAAUGCAAAAGACGGAAGAGAUGGAUCAGCUGGACCACCCGGCGCACCAGGUCAACCAGGAACUGCCGGACAAAAUGGGAAGGAUGGAGUUGACGGGAAAGAUGGUCAAGACGGAGCUCCGGGUCCACCUGGUCCUCCUGGAAAAGACGGCCAAGAUGGAAGGCCCGGAACGUAUGGCCAAGAUGGUCAAGAUGGAUCGGUAGGAGCAGCCGGGCCUAGCGGAGUAGCUGGAUUAUCAGGUGCCGCUGGCGUUAGCGGGCCAGCCGGAGUACCAGGAAUUCCCGGAACGCCAGGGACCCCUGGUGUUCAGUGGCCAUCAAGUUCAAUCGGCUAACGGACGAUUUCAAAUACAUUUAUUCUAAUUUAUACGACAUAGAAUUCAAUUUUGCUCAAAGUAAAAUAGCUAAAUACUCUGCUGGCACUAAUACAUAUGUAAUAUCUU